GAUUGUAAACUCCCAAAAUGAGUUAAUCUUAUGGAGUCCCAGAAUUUCAUUCUUAGAGAUCUCUGAGGUGAGUCUGGUUAAAAUUGGCCAGAGCCUUGCCGCAAUGCUUCGUGGAUCUAUGCAGGCACUGGACUGGGGAAGAGACAACUUUCACUUAGAACCACUCCACAUUUUCCAACUUCAAUAAACGCCACCAACACGCCAAUUCAAUAUAUUUUGUACCCGAAGUGUAUCCUCGAAAACUCAUAACGGGUAGAUAACUGCAAUGGGAUACGACUUCCUCGUCCCAACAUGUUGACUUCGUGCCAUUUCUUUCCGAGGGUACUCUUUGUCUUCGGCCACUAGGACAUUGUCCUGCUAUAGAUUGCAGUGCCAAACCAGCCCAGCUUCUCUUCGGUAUGACAUGAUUCAAGAUGAUUGACUCUUUUCUGGGUUUUAUUCGGUGUAAGAUAAGCAAAUAUCAGGUGUUCAGCAGGUGGCUUACACAAGUGCGGCCAGGUGAAUUAAAUACAGAAGGUGUAUUGCUACUUCAUUGUGCAUACUUGCAUCUUGAUCACUCUUUAUUAGCGAGUUACGAGCGACUAUCAAGCGCCGGGAAUUCUCAGAAGUUCAUUCUGCGGGAACAAAGUAGCUUGCAGCCCAAUCAGAGAAAGACGGAACUUUUACUACAAUCACAGCAGGGGUCAUGAAGAUAUAAGGAAGACUUGUGAUUUACUAGAUCUCUUUAUGAUUGCGGACAAUAGUGCUGGAAGUGCGAUACGGUUUCAUUCAAAAGAGCUGCAUGUCGCGGCUGGACAUGCAGGCUUUCUCCAAAACAGGAAUAUCUCCGCGUACAUUAUGCACUUAUCGUAUGUGUUGCAUCACAUACGCACACUUUUCCUCUCAUGAAUUGUACAGUUAAUCGUGCUUUUGCUUACCUCUGGCUUUGUAAUGAUGGUUGUAUUUUUUUUAGUUUCGCA